AUGAAUGUAGAAGAAGAGGUUCAACGCCUCAGAGAAGAGAUCAAGAGGCUCGGUCAGGUCCAAACAGAUGGUUCUUACAAGGUUACAUUUGGAACACUAUUUAACGAUGAUCAAUGCGCAAAUAUAUUUGAAGCACUUGUGGGAACGCUAAGGGCAGCCAAAAAACGGAAAGUGGUAUCGUAUGACGGAGAGUUACUCCUGCAAGGAGUCCAUGACAAUGUGGAGAUCACUCUUAAUCCUACCCCUUAA